CAGUUGAGUGCGAACGUGGGGGAAGGCUGACAGUGAAUUAACGUGGGAGUGAGGGCCAGAUACUCGCUAAGUGACUGAGCUGUCCAAUGACAUGCAGUCUUAUUCUUUCUUUUUCACCUAAAGGGAGGAAACAAGCCCAUUAGAAAAACGUUUUUUUUGUGUGUUUUUUAAUUUUUACCGCAAACUGCUCCUCCCUUCCUAAGUCUUCCCGGUUGUGGUCUGACUCAAACUUCAAGACUGCAUGGCAGAGUGGGCUGAGGAAAAUGGCCUAGUCACUUUAACUCCUCCGUCGCAAAAGUCUCUUCCACGCAACUAUUUGUAUUCAUUGGGACGUAAAGUCGUGUCAAACAAAAAUGUCUGCUCUACAUUUUGAAGAGAGCGCGAGUCACGCUUGACCACCGACCCUUGAACAAGUUGAUUGUCUAUCUCAACGAUCGAUCGACGGUUGGAUGUCAAAUGGUCCAUAAUAACUUGCAAAAGACGCACUCACUUUUGGACAGACAUAUGGAUUCGCUCGAAAACCCUGGGCUACAAUCACAUGGAAAAGGAGCACGGAGGAAAGGCAGAUUCAAAGGAUCAGAUGGAAGCACCUCUUCAGAUACAACAACCAACAGCUUUGUGCGACAGGGUUCGGCGGACUCCUACACCAGCCGUCCAUCAGACUCCGAUGUGUCCUUGGAGGAGGAUAAGGAGGCCGUGCGACGAGAGGCAGAGCGGCAGGCUCAGGCACAGCUGGAGAAGGCCAAGACUAAACCGGUUGCGUUUGCUGUCCGCACAAAUGUCAACUACUGUGCCACCAACGAUGACGACGUCCCCGUGCCGGGCAUGGCCAUCUCCUUUGAGGCUAAAGACUUCCUCCACGUCAAAGAGAAAUUUAAUAACGACUGGUGGAUAGGGCGCCUGGUGAAGGAAGGCUGUGAAAUCGGUUUCAUCCCCAGUCCUGUGAAGAUCGAGAACACUCGGAUACAACACGAGCAGAGAGCCAAACAGGGCAAGUUCCAUUCCGGUAAAUCGGGAGCAAACUCCUCUACCAGUUUAGGUGAAGUGGUUCCUAACUCGCGGAAAUCCACCCCCCCUUCCUCUGCCUUUGACAUAGAUGCCACAGGCUUAGACCCCGAGGACAAUGAGCUUCCAGUCCACCUCCGCUCCCCUAAAGCCAGUCAGCCAAACACUGUCAUGUCAUCCACCCUAGCCAAAGAGAAACGAAUGCCCUUCUUUAAGAAGACGGAACACAUUCCUCCAUACGACGUUGUGCCUUCCAUGCGACCUGUGGUCCUGGUUGGACCGUCACUGAAGGGCUAUGAGGUGACAGAUAUGAUGCAAAAGGCACUGUUUGACUUUUUGAAACACCGAUUUGAAGGGAGAAUAUCAAUCACUCGUGUCACGGCAGACAUCUCUCUUGCCAAACGCUCGGUCCUCAACAACCCUAGUAAGCACGCCAUCAUCGAGCGCUCCAACACACGCUCCAACCUUGUAGCUGAAGUGCAAAGUGAGAUAGAGCGUAUCUUUGAGCUGGCCCGGACCUUGCAGCUGGUGGUUCUGGACGCAGACACCAUCAACCACCCGGCCCAAUUGGGAAAGACCUCCCUGGCCCCUAUCAUCGUCUACGUCAAGAUCUCCUCUCCUAAGGUUCUGCAGAGGCUCAUCAAGUCCAGAGGGAAGUCCCAGGCCAAGCACCUCAAUGUCCAGAUGGUCGCUGCAGACAAACUGGCCCAGUGCCCUGCCGAGAUGUUUGACAUCAUCCUGGAUGAAAACCAACUGGAGGAUGCGUGUGAGCACAUGGCUGAUUACCUGGAAGCCUACUGGAAGAGCACCCACCCCGCCAGCUGCAACCCCCCCAAUCCGCUGCUGCCCAAGGUGUCCACAGCCGCCCUGCCCUCCAGCCCCGCUCCUGUCUCCAGCAUGCAGGGCAGCGGGGCAGAGCAGAAAGCAGGGGACAAGGCAGGACAAGGUGUGGAGAGGAAGGGCUCCAGGGAGGACCACCACCAUCACCACCACCACAGCCAGCAUCAGAGCCAGGAGCAGCCAGACGGGGAGAGGGAGGAGGAGGAGGAGAAGGAGGAGGAGGGGAGGCCCCUGAGGACAGAGUCUUCCAGGAGACCCCAGCACAUCCACCACCGCUCCUCCUCCCAGCGGACUGAGCAGCACCACAACAACCACCACCACCAUCAUCAUACUGGUGGCGGUGGUAGCCGGGGCAAGGGCCUCUCCCGGGGGGAGACACAGGACUCAGAGACCCCCGAGAGCCGGGAGAGCAGAGAAAGCAGAGACUCAGCCUACAUAGAGCCCCGCACUCACCUCCUGCACCAGGAGGAAGAGGAAGAAGAGUUUGGAGAGGAGGAGUAUGAGGAGGAGGGGCUGGGAGAGGCGGGGCACCCUCAGCAGGGGCGCUACGAGGCUCCGCCUCACCCCAGGGACCACAACCACCAUCACCACCACCACCAUCACCGUGGCGGCACUGGCGAGGAGGCGGACCACGGUACGACAGGACACCACCGCUCCAAGGAGCGCAACGAACAGGACCACAACGAGCGCAACAAGCCGCGCGGUCACCAGCACCACCAACGACCGGCCCGCGACCACCACCAGUACUAUGACCGGGACAGGGACAGGGAAGGGGAGGUGGCCCCCAAAAAGAGGGGCGACACAGGGGACUGGGCCAGAGACCCCUAUAUUCACCAGUGACAGCCCAGCCCCUAGAACACAAACCCCCUCACACACUGAGACAGUGGUACUGUAGGACUCACCCCCCUCUUUCCCAAACCAUUCUGUUGUCCCAUCUUGCUGCUAUACUCUUAAGCCCCUGCAUCCCCUGUUUAUGUCCACUUCCUUUGUAAAGCCUGCUGCAUCCUUAGCAACGGCAGUAUUUUGAUCAUAUAUAGAUAUGGAUAUAUAAAUAUAUAAAUGUGUGUAUCAAUACAUAGACGUUGUCGUUUAUGUGUGGAUAUGCAUGGAUCUUCUCAAAUAUGCACAUUUUAAACCUGUGUUUGAUAAAGCAUGACACAACAGCAGAAUUCUCUUCUGUACUGUGCUUUCUGUGAUUAGCGUUUUUAAAUUGUAUUUCUAUAUUGUUUUUUUCUUUUUCUUACUGCCACUUGAACAAUAAUUUGUUCAUUCAGACUACUGUUAACGGUGACUGACUGAGAAGUGGGAAACCAGGUAAGGUUAAAUGCUAAAUAUUUGCAAUUGUUUUAUUUUUGUUUAAUUCAAAUGUUCCUGUUUUCUUUCUUUAAUUUUUUUAUUUUUUUUAAAUUCUGCUAAUUUUCGGUGUUUGGUCCUCUGACAUUGGUUCCUCUGGUGUUGAUGCUGCCUCUCCAUUGGGGCACACCUUAGUCUUGCCUUACAAGACAAUUAAUAGUGACAUGACUUGCUGUUUUACAUUACAGUACUGUUGUUCUAUUUAUAAAGGGUCCAGAAACAUUUUAUAACAUUGAUAACACUCUGUUCAGCACUUUUAGCACAGCAUUCUGUAGACUGAUUCACAGUGUUGGUGUCCGGUGUACAGCGAUUUGAUAUUUUAGGGUACAGUUAUCGGGUCAAACCAAUCCACUCACACACUAGGGGACUUUUAUCUAUGAUGAUAUGUCUUUUUUAAGUUUGACCAUUUUCUAAGGACAGUUCCAUGUACUUAGUACAGUCCAAUUAGCUAUGAAUGUGCAUUAUGAGGUAUUGUGAGAAAUUUACCAAUUGUCCACUUUUUCUUUUGAAAAUCAAUCACAACCACUGAAUGAUAUCAACUGGAUGAAAAAGGGAAGCCUUUCUGCUAAGCUACUGUGGUCAAGAAAUGUCGUAAGCCCCAAGUUAUAACCGGAGCCAUACAUUUAGAAACGUUUUCUCUCUAAAAAAAUAUUUAUUUUAAAAUAUAUGGCUCUGGUUAUAACCUAGCACAGUUGAGGUUAGGGCCAACUCCUAACUUAGUUCAGGCUGCCCUCUGUAAAUUAAGGGAGUUCAUGUGCCCCAAAUUGCAAUCUAUUCCCUAUAUAGUGCACUACUUUUAACAAGGGUGCACUAUGUAUGAAAUAGCGUUCCAUUUGGGAUGCACCCCUAGGGUAUCCUGUCCCUCUGUUUACAUUACCAUCAACCAACCAGUCCCCUAGAACAAGUCUUAGUUUUUAAAUGUUAUUUUUGCCUCAAAUAUUAUGAUUAUAAUGUACAAUCCAUUUAUAUGCUACUGUAGUAACACUACACAUUUUUAAGAGUGUACAUUUGUAUGUACAUAUGUAUAAAUACAAAAAAAUAAACUUGGCAACAAAGGAUUUAUGUAGAGGACAAGAAAA